GAAGUGAAGCGAAUUGUAUGAACUUUUUUGACCUCUUGAACUUUCUGCCUCUCGAAACGCCUCUCGACACCAUCGACAAUUCCAGAUACCGUCGCCCAAAAUGUCACUUGUUACCGGGGAGAAGUCCAACUUUCAAUACAUUCUGCGUCUGCUCAACACCAACGUUGAGGGAAAGCAGAAGGUUAUGUUCGCUUUAACCAAAAUCAAGGGUGUCGGACGUCGUUACUCCAACUUGGUCUGCAAGAAGGCUGAUGUCGAUCUCAACAAGCGCGCUGGUGAACUCACCUCCGAAGAGCUCGAGAGAAUCGUUACCAUCAUCCAAAACCCAACCCAAUACAAGAUCCCAUCCUGGUUCCUCAACAGACAACGCGAUAUCGUCGAUGGUAAGGACUCCCAAGUUCUCGCUAACGGUGUCGACUCCAAGCUCCGUGACGAUUUGGAACGCCUCAAGAAGAUCCGUGCUCACCGUGGUCUCCGUCACUACUGGGGUCUCCGUGUCCGUGGACAACACUCCAAGACCACUGGUCGCAGAGGUAGAACCGUCGGUGUUUCCAAGAAGAAGGGAAACUAAAUAUUUGCGCUUCUGGGAUUUACGGUUGGGUGGAGUGUGGCUUUUGCGAUGGACUGGUACUUUACUUCUGGCUUAACAGCUUCUACAGCAUGAUGCUGUUACUGGGCAUGCCCCAGGGAAAUCAGUUCAUGAAAAGGAAACAAUAAAUCAUCAAUGGCUUCACUAUAAUCUUUUGUGCUUUCAGAACAAUGUGCCAAGAUUAAUUUUCAGGUAUGCCCACGAAUUAUGAGAGCUGUUUUCACAAAGAAUUUGGAAUUCAAACGUCCCAAAGCCGUAAUUGAAAUUGCUACCUCUGCAUACAAAUAGGGGCGUUGAUGUAUUUUAUGCUACCCCUUCGCCUAUUAUCGUUUCCAUUUAAGGGAAGGAAGUAACUUGUUUUUCAAUGGCCCUCGAAUUCUAGAUUUGGAAGGAGCAAGUGGCAACUAUUGGAGCUUAUAUUUGCAUCACGUUUUGUUCUUAACGAACUCUACCUUUCGGCUAUCUACCAAGAAGUCUUUGAAACUACAAAUUCCACAGUGAUAUAUCUAGUUUAUAUGACCCGUAUCA